CCUCAUUUAAAAAGCAUUGCUUUCAUAUGACAAGAUGAAGUAGAACAUGCCAUCAUGUCAGACAAGGUGGUCUUGGUUCUUGGUGGAGCAGGUACUGUGGGAUCUGGGAUUGUUGAAGCCCUGCUGGAUAAAGGCUUCAAAGUUGCAGUGAUAUCGAGAGAGAACAGCCGGCUGGAGAGACUCCGAUGCAUCAUCUCUCCCAACACCAAACAUAAUCUCAUCACAAUAGUGGGCGAUGUUGGGUCAGAAGAAGGAGCAGAGCAGGCAAAACAGGCCGUGCUGGAGAAGGUGGGGAAAGUUACAGAUGUGGUUUCCUCUUUGGGUUUCAGCUGGUGGCAGGGAGGCCCCCCGCACACCCAAACUCUCAAAGAACUACACUGGGUCAUUGAGUCAUUACUUUUUAGUACCUUUGUGUCAUGGAAGGCCUUCUUUCCCUUGGUGAGGGAUGAUUCCAACUGUAGCUACACCUUCAUCACAGGGGGAGCGGGUAAGAAGCUUUUAAUGCCUGGGACCGGUUUUCUAACUGUUGGAGCUGCCAGUUCACUGGCCUUUUGCCAGGUCCUUCGCGACGAGUACCCCGAGACAUCCUGUAAGCUCUACCAGGUAACUAUCAACACAGGUGUGGCUACUCCACAGCGAUUGGCCCCUGGGUUCUUGAACCAUCUGGAUCUGGGUGAGGCUGUAGCCAAACUGGUGGAGCAACAGAACGCAUCCCACACGGUCUUCACGAUCAACUGCCCCGCAGACUUAAAAACGGUCUUUCUCGAGGGGACAAUUUAAAUUUGGAAACUGGUAACACAUUCUCCUGCCUGUGACUCUGCAGAAACACAGAUCAUAGUCUUCUUGUCGGUCCGAUUAGUAGCAAAUAUUUUCGGAUGUAGGUAGUCAUGUACAAGAUGCAUUCAGUAUGUUGGUAGUUUUGGAAAAAUCUGUAAAAUGUUAGACAACACGACUUGUCGGUCAAACAGAUUGAGUGAGAGAUGUGUACUAUGGCUAUGAGUUGUUGUUGUUUUUUUUCCCUUGGCCUCAGUCUGGACCCCCUCCCCAGGGCCCAGGCUUAGACCGAUUUUUUUUUCUUUUUAAUAUUUUAUUUUGAUUUACUUUUUUUUCUCCUAUUCCCCCCACUUGUUUAGCUGUAUCUCACCUUUUUUGUAAAGGGCGCUGGAAGCCGGCAGACCCGUCAGCGAUCUUGUUCUGUCUCCCUGUAACGUUUGUCUGAUCUUGAAUGGGAUUGUGCUGAAAAUUUUUAUUUUCCUGAAGGAAUAAAUAAAGUAUUAUCUAAUCUAAUUUAAUCUAAUCUUUUAAGUGACUGAGGGGAAAAAAACAACAAUCUGUGGAAGCGUACUUACUUUCUCAUCCAUCCAUCCAGGAUUUUAUAAGCUUUUUUAGUUGCAACCUAAAAUGUUACAGGUUAGUCCAUUCUUUGUCAAGUUUUGGGGUCUUUUUCCUAUGUUUUUAGGUUCACUUCAUGUCUUGUGCUCUUAUUUUGUUUCCUCUUCCUGUUCUGUUUGUAUUGCUCGUGCACAUCACCUGGGCAGUUUUUAGAGGGGAACAUUAUCACUAGACCUAUGUAAGCGUCAAUAUAUACCUUGAUGUUGCAGAAAAAAGACCAUAUGUUUUUUUAUCCGAUUUACGAACUCUAAAAGGGUGAAUCUGGCGAUUUAAACGCCUUUCAAUUGUUCGCUGUCGGAACGAUGACCUUUCACCCGUGACGUUACAAUGGGAAGCAAUCCACCAUUUUCUCAAACACCUUACACACACAAGUCAAAUCAGCUCUGUUAUUUUCCGUUUUUUCGACUGUUUUCCGUACCUUGGAGACAUCAUGCCUCGUCGGUGUGUUGUCGGAGGGUGUGACAACACGAACAGAGACGGAUUCAAGUUGUCUUACGUGGAGUGUGCAUCGAUUAGCACGGCAUGCUAAUCGAUGCUAACAUGGCAGAAAUGGCAAGAAUGUGUGGAUAUCCUACGACACUCAAAGCAGAUGCAUUUCCAACAAUAAAGUCAACGAAAUCACCAAGGUGAGUUUUGUUGAUGUUAUUGACUUAUGUGCUAAUUAGACAUAUUUGGUCACGGCAUGACUGCCAGCUAAUCGAUGCUAAAAUGCUAUUUAGGCUAGUUGUAUGUACAUUUGUAGCUAUAUUUGCAUCCAGCCUUUCCCUCCCCCCACAUUUAAUGCCAAACAAACACUUACCAAUCGACUGAUUUAAGUUGCUCCAGUGGUCAAAAGAUGCAAUCGUUGGUUAGAAGGCGAUCGCCGAAUAGCUUCAAUAGCUAUUCGCUCUAUAGCUCCAAUUUCGUUUUCGCUAUUUGCCUCCACACUCAAACCAUCCGUUUCAAUACAUGCGUAAUCUGUUGAAUCGCGUAAGCCGCUGAAAUCCGAGUCUGAAUCCGAGCUAAUGUCGCUAUAUCUUGCUGUUCCAUCCGCCAUGUUUGUUUGUAUUGGCAUCACUAUGUGACUUCACAGGAAAAUGGACAGGUGGAUUUACAGAUAGCGAAAAUCAGGCACUUUAAAUCCUUUUUCUGGAUAUUGCAUUAUGGGUAAAAUUUUGAAAAAAACUUAGAAAAAUAAAAUAAACCACUGGGAACUGAUUUUUAUUGGUUUCAACCCUUCUGAAAUUGUGAUAAUUUUCCCCUUUAAGCAAGUCAUAUUUCUGUGUCGGUGUGGGAUCAUUGUCUGCAAGUGUUUGAGUUAAGAACAUGGUUAGUAGUAUUUUGAGAUUCUUGUUUUUGUUGCACUCACAGUUGUAUAGUUCUCCCUGAGAAUUUAUUUUUUUCAUGCAAGUCAUUCCCUUUGCUUUUCUGUACAAUUUCCUGCCUGCAUUCUGUUUUUGUUUAGUACUUUUCACAUUAAAAUCUCAUCACUGGUA